UCAACCUAUUCCCAUUCCCCAAAUUUUCGCUAUCUUCCUGUUCCCACUGUCCAAAUUUGUGACCGAUAAAACGUUGCAGUCCCUGCCUCUUUCCCCACCCAUAUCACACAUCCAAACGUGGAACGUAGCAACGCCACGAAAUACUUAACGUCCUGCUCUUUACUCCGACCACCCUAACUCUGGCUCCCGCCGAUGACAGUUGCGGCAGCAGCUUCAGCUUUCUCAGCUCUGGGAUUCUUCAACUCCGGGGGGGUUGGAAGAAUCCAGUCGAAAAAGUUAAUCCCCCGGAUUUCGGCGCGAUUUUCGAUUAAGCCUAGCAAUUUUUCUGGUAAAAACGCGAGGGUUCAGUUUCGGACUUCUGCUUCUGGCGGAAUUCAGAGUUAUGAUUCUGAAAAUGAAGCUGAACCUCGGACUUAUGCAUGGCCUGAUAAGAAGCGACCUAGAAUCUGUAUAUUAGGAGGUGGAUUUGGAGGACUUUACACUGCUUUAAGAUUAGCAUCACUGGUUUGGCCGGAUGAAAAGAAACCCCAGGUGGUUCUUGUUGACCAAUGUGAGCAUUUUGUUUUUAAGCCAAUGUUAUAUGAGCUACUCUCUGGAGAAGUGGAUCCUUGGGAAAUAGCUCCACGUUUUACAGACUUGCUUGCAAAUACCGGUGUGCAAUUUUUCAAAGACAGGGUUAAACGCUUCUGUCCAUCUGACGCCCUAGGAAUGAAUCCGCCCACUGUCUCUGGUGCAGGUGGAACUGUCCAUCUUGAAAGCGGUCUCCUAAUCGAAUACGACUGGUUGGUACUUGCACUAGGUGCUCAGGCAAAGCUUGAAUCUGUGCCUGGUGCUGCAGAGUAUGCAUUGCCAUUUUCUACUCUUGAAGAUGCUCGCAUGGUUGAUGAAAAACUUAGAGCAUUAGAGCGCCAGAACUUUGGUAAGGACUCUCAAAUACGUGUGGCUGUUGUGGGAUGUGGUUACUCUGGAGUUGAGCUGGCUGCCACUGUAUCUGAAAGACUGCAAGAUAAGGGUAUCGUGGAAGCAAUUAAUGUGGAAAAUACAGUUUUGUCUAAUGCUCCGGUUGGCAAUAGAGAAGCAGCACUUAAGGUUCUCUCAUCCAGAAAAGUUAAACUUUUACUGGGAUAUUUUGUCCGUUGUAUUACAGAAGUAGACAAGUCUGGAAUUCAUGAUAAGGAAACAGCUAAAAGUCAUAGAAACCUAAUACUAGAGCUGCAGCCAGCUGAAAGGGGUGUACAAAGUCAAAUGUUGGAAGCUGAUCUGGUUUUGUGGACUGUUGGUACAAAGUCUUUACUUCCUCUGCUAGAACCCUCUGACAAGCCACAUGAAAUUCCUCUUAACGCCAGGGGACAAGCUGAAACAGAUGAAACUCUUAGGGUUAAGGGUCACCCACGUAUAUUUGCUGUUGGUGACUCAUCUGCUUUUAGAGAUAGCAGUGGGAAGUUGCUUCCGGCCAGUGCACAGGUGGCAUUCCAGCAAGCUGAUUUUGCUGGUUGGAAUCUAUGGGCUGCAAUCAAUGACAGACCUCUGCUGCCGUUCAGGUUUCAGAAUUUAGGUGAGAUGAUGACUCUUGGGAGAUAUGAUGGUGCUAUUUCACCAAGCUUUAUUGAGGGCCUAACGCUUGAAGGCCCUAUUGGUCAUACUGCAAGAAAAUUGGCAUACUUAAUAAGAUUACCAACUGAUGAGCACCGUGUAAAAGUGGGGUUUAGUUGGUUGGCAAAGGCAGCCGUUGAGUCUGUUGCAUUUUUGCAAGACAACCUCACAAAAGUAGUUUCAGGUUCAUAGACUUGUGUCUCUCUCUCUCUCUCUCUCUCUCUCUGAUAUCUGUUAUUUAAGUUUUUGAACAUUUAUUGUAACAUAUGUAGCAAAAAGAAAGAGAUUAUCAUGAAAUAAUGGGACAAAUAUCAAGCUCUGAUUUUAAGCA